GCCUUUUGCAACCUACCAUUCACUACACGACGUUACGAAACUUCCUGUUUUAACGACUUUUUGUCAAAAUGGGAACUGACUACUACAAGCUCUUGGGUGUGAGCAAGGAUGCUAGCGAGGAGGACAUCAAGCGGGCGUACAAGAAGAUGGCGCUCAAAUGGCACCCCGACCGAAACGCCGGGUCCGAGGAAGCCUCGAAGAAGUUCCAACAGAUCUCCGAAGCAUUCGAAGUCCUCAGUGAUUCGAACAAGAGGGCGAUUUACGAUCAGUUCGGCGAAGAGGGUCUCAAGGGUGGAGGCCCGCCACCAUCCGGCGGGGCAGGCAUGGGUGGCUUCCCUGGUGGCUUCAGCAGCUUCCCAGGCGGCGGAGGGACUACGUUCACGUUCACGUCGGGUCCGGGAGGGUUUGGCGGCGGGCGUGGUGGAUUCUCGCCGACCGACCCCAACAAGAUCUUCGAGCAAUUCUUUGGCGGGCUCGGAGGCGGCCUGGGUGGCAUGCGGGGCAUGAGCGGCAUGUUUGGCGGCGCAGACGAUGACGACGACAUGUCUGGGUUCAGCAGCUUCGGAGGCAUGGGAGGCAUGCCCGGUGGUUUCGGUCGGCGGACAGCACGGCAAGGCAGUCGGCCAGCGUCGCCAGGACCGCAACCGACACCGAAGGGACCAUCAGAAAUCACCCGCCCGCUGAAGGUGUCAUUGGAAGAUCUGUACAAUGGAGCCUCGAAGCACGUCAAGGUUGGGCGGAGAUUGCUGAGCGGUGGCACGGAGGAUAAGGUCCUAGAAAUCCAGAUUCAACCUGGGUGGAAGAGCGGGACGAAGGUCCGGUUUGCUCGUGCAGGCAACGAGCAGCCAAACGGAGAGGCGCAAGACUUGGUCUUCGUUGUGGAGGAGAAGCCGCACGAUAGGUUCACACGCGAUGGCGAUGACCUGCACACGACCGUCAAGAUCCCGCUUGUCGACGCGUUAACAGGGUCGGGCGGUACCAAGGUGGUCGAGCACCUGGACGGACGGAAGCUCCAGGUGCCGGUACCUACCGGUAUUGUCAAGCCUGGACAAGUGACAAGAAUACCCAGCGAGGGUAUGCCGAUACGCAAGCAGGGAGGAAAGAAGAAGGGCGAUAUGGUGGUCAAGUGGGAGGUUGUCUUCCCCGACCGACUAACACCAGCCCAGAAGGAAGGAUUGAGGAAGGUAUUAGGAUAAGUGCCUCUGUAAGGAUACAUGGAUCUUUUUUAUUCGUUUCUUGAGGACUUGCUCGUGUAUACCAAUGUAAUAUAUCACACUGCAUACUAUGUACUUCACACAACGAUCAAUACUCGUUCUCACAAUCAUCUAAG